CUAAACUGGACACUUCGCUGCAUGCACCAACCCCACCGUGGCAAGAGUUCCUCACUGAGCCAGAAUCAGAACAAAACAGUAUUUUAAAUUCUCAGAAUCUUAGUCAAGUGGAAUUCUUGUUCUGCAAACAGCUCUGAGGAAAAAUCUGGGAAUAUGAAUAUCAUAUGGAGAGGAAGAUGGGAUACAGCUCUUAAGGCAGUAUAAACUAAACUGGUGCACUCUCCUCAGUUCUUGAAGCCUGGGGAUUAAAAAUCUGUGUAAUUCUGCUGGGAUCCACGUGCCUGGGCUCAUGGGAAGAGCAGAUAUUCUUUCUAGAGGAGGAUUCUUCCUCAAAUUUGAUGACAGUGACCACAGAAAGAUCUCUCCUGUCAGAACCAUCAGUACAUUCCACUUUCUAACCCAGCCAGGGGAGAUCCACACUCAGGCGACUCAUCAGGGGAAAAGUAGAUCUUCCUCGUAUUCAGAUAACGCAGAGAAUAUUUUGGGUACAAAUAAUAAGUGUUAAUUAUGUGAUCACAAUGGAAGAGAAUGCUGACCAUAACAAGAGGAAGGAGCAUGAGAUGGUACUUGAAUCAUGCUGUCUGCCUUGCAGCUACAAAAUACUGUUAGCACAGGCUCAGAAGAGAAGCAGAGAUCAGCCCAGGUCAAGGUAGUCAUGGAUUUGAAUUCUCUUUCUCUCCCCUGUCCUGCCUCAUCAAUCCUUGCAGCUUACCCCAAACCUGCAUUGCUGUUCUUUGGGCAUAGCCUAUGUGACAACAGCCUUGGAUAUAAAACACUGUUUUCAGCCUCCUUUUGGCUGCCUCAUAAAUUAUUAAUUAUUAUAUUAUUCAUAUUAUGUCAAUGCUGUUCCAGCAGUCAUUGAUAUUAUUAUAUAAAUGAUUUCAAACACAUAUUUUUUCUUUUCCAAACUUGAGCAAUAGAGACAAAUCUAGUGCUUCUUUAAGACAGAGGAGUCCCUCUUGACAUCAUUCCUUACCUCUAACCCCCUGCUGACCCCCAGCACACUUGGGCCUGUACAGAACAAAUAACAGCAUAACACUGACCACUGUCCCCACAGCAAGGGAAAAAUCAACAGCAGCAGCAAAGCCUCAAACCCAGCCACCUACUUUGAAUUCAAGUGCAAUUGUUUUAGAACAUACGAUCCCUCUGUCCUUAGGUGUUCAGAGAGGGAUGCCUUUGAUAUAUAGCACUGAUAAGAGGCUUAUUCCAUUAAGCUACAGUGAUUCUCACUUUCAUGCAUCAUUUGACAGAGAAAAUGAGAAUUUGCAGAAAUAAUAGCUAAUGUAAAGUAUAUCAUGUCGCAGUGCAGUUGGACAGGUAGGAAAUAAAGUUUAUGUGUUAUUUCACAGAGUGGUUUGCACAUUUUAUUGUAUGUGCACAGAAGAGAUACUUUAGGAUUGUUUUUGUUCCAUACUAAAUUUAAAACUGCUAAGAACAUUGGGUUUGGAUCAGGAUGUAUCUUCUUAAGAGAGGGUAGGGUUUCAGUUUCACAUAAAUAUUCUUACACAAGUCAUAAAGAUUAAAUUAAAACUGGAUGAAGAAAAGGAAAGCUGGAAACAGAAGCAUGAGUAAAAUAAAAUGGUAGUUGACUUAAAUACCAGCUUCCUAGUUUCACAGCCUACCUUAUAUCUUCAGACACACACAGGCACCACCUUAAAGCUGAAGUAAUGCUUUUGUGACUUUUUUAGGGCUAUUUCAAAAACUUCUCAAAUUAGUUCUCACCCUACUUGCUGAAGUUCACACUGAAAAGGGAUUUCUUCUCUAUGCAUUUUACUUAUGGAGGGAUGGCAUUGUAAAUAUCAAGAAAGAGCAUUUUAAUUAAUGCCUUUGAUUCCCAAGAACAGAUUGGCAAUGGUUAAAUCAUUUAUUGCACAGUGAGUUGUGAAAGUCACUUGCCGUGGCAAAACACAUCACAGCCUAUUAAAAUUUCCAAGAUUUUUGGACACAUCAUAAGCUCUAAAGUGGCGGAUAUUUUAUUCCUGCUGCACUUUAGUGCAUCCAUAACUUGAUGGCCCUUGUGAGCAAUAAUGUGAAUUGUCUAGCAGAAGAACAAUUUUCUAUUAUUUACAAAACUGUUUCUACAAGGAAAUAAAGUGACUAUGGCAGGUUCUGUAAGGAAGGAAAUCAUUAGUGCUAUUUUAAAUUGUGGUAUUUGCAUAGUUGUGCGUAAGAAAUUAGGGGGAUUGUGUUAGGAAUUUGAUUAUUUCCCACACUUCAGGAACAAAAUAUGAAAAGAAAGGAGAGACAAAAGCUGCGUUCCAACACACCAUGCUCUUAAAUGAAGGAAAUUUAGCUUAAGAAAAUUUAAUUUUUCUUGAACACACCUCAAGUAUUUUUACUAAUGCUGAGAGUUUACUGGAAACUUUUCCUAUACUCAAAAUGUUUCACCUGCACCAAUAAACAAUCAAAACCUUUUAAAUUUAUUUGAAAUUUGAUGGUUUUCCUCUCUUCAGCCCUAAAACAGAAGAUAUAAAAGGAAAAAAGCCAGUAGGAGUGUGUGUGUAUUGGUUCAGUAAGUGAAGCAGCAUCCUGGGAUGUGUGAAACCCAGGUUUAUUUCACUGGCCAGUGUGGUUUGAAGGGAAAAGUUCUUUUCUAAGCCCAUGGAGAUAGCACCAAAACAGGUGAAUUAAGGGACUCUGCUACGUGCACAGGCAAAGUGAACAGCCAGCUUGUAAAAGGGACAUGCUUUUUUCAUCAAAAUUUAGUUAGAAUCUUCCAACUGAUUCUUAUUUUUGCCACAGGUAAAACAAUAGAGUACUUUAUUACUUCCAUAAGAUUUUCUUUACCUCAAUCCUAACCAUAAAGAAUAAGCAAGUUUAUAUUAAAAUACUGUCAGAUUUUCCAAAGGUUUGCUCCUUUGUUUAUAAUGACCUGCUUACCUCUAAAUUUAGCACACAUUAGUGUUGUUACAGCUCUCAGUGCUCUGUUCCCCUUCCUAGUCCCACACACUGCUGUAUUUCAGAUAGUCAUGCAAAGGCUGAAAAUACCUCAUUGCUUUCACAGUAAAGAAGAAAUUUGUGAGUGGUCACAGAGUUCUAGAGUUGCAGCCUUUGCUUUUUUAGAUUAGUUGAUCCUCUGAGGAUAGCAGGGAGCAGUUGCUCUUUCUUCCUUUGCAAACUUUGAUUAUGAGAGAAAUACCCAACAAAAUGCUAAUUCUGAGAACUUGCAAAGUCUGUGCAGUAUCACUAAUUUUGCUUUCCACUGUUUUCUUUGCUGAGUGUAGCUUCCCUUUUUCUGCUACUUCCAUGCUAUAACAAAUAACUCCUACAUCUCAAAACUAUGGCUCUCAUUAUAUAUGACAGUGAUCUGCAGUAAAAAACUGAUCUAUAGACCAUGUAAACAAAAUAUAGGAACUCAAGGUGUGGUAGAAAAUGGAAGAACAUUAGAACUCAGUGAAAAAAAAAUGCAUGUCUAAAUACGUCUUUCUGUACUUGCCUUAAGGCAAUUUUUAACUACAUUUUUUUCAGCUACUACAUUAUUUGGUGUAGCAGAAACCACUAAGAGAAAUAGGGAGAGCAUAACUGAAGAAUAAUGCAAGUCAUCAAAAUAGUCAUGGGUUUUUACCACUUUGUAUACUAAUUUUAGAACAUUGCAGACAUCAUUGCUUUCCUGGGUCAGCCACAUGCAUCAAAUAUGCUGCAAUAAAUUUUUCAUAACUUCCAAGUCUGUCGCUCACAUGACUUCCUAGUAGCCAUCAUAAUCUUGUCUUUAAAUCCAGAACUGUGAUGAAAAUGUUCUGAGUCUUUGACAAGGAAGUAACAGUUUAACUUCAUGUUUGAAAGCUAAAUAUUUUAGUGGCUGAUCUGAUCUUUUUUUACAGUGUUUGAGAAAACUGUAGAUUAAACCCUUUCCAUUGCUCACAAAUGAUGUGAACUAACUAUGCUUGUAUAAAUAAGUUCACACAACUCCUGUGAUGUGAAUUCCAAUCCAGUCAAGAGGAUCCCAUGAAACUGUGCUAGGAUCCUACUCCAUUGUAAAUGCCAUGACAUAAGGAAAAGGGUAUCUUAUUCUUCAUUUCAGAAUCCAGCCUGAGAGGUGAUCAAAGAACUGAAAAAUAUCUCCUUAUGUUAAGUAUAAUGGUCUCCCUAAUGACCAGGAAAGUACACUUUCUUCAAGCUUGGUAGAAGUGAUUUUGAAAAUUGAGUUUUAUAACUCAGGAACUCUGUCCACAGGAAGUGAAACUUCUUUUGAACCAAAAAUACCCAUAUUUCAAUAUAAUAUAAUUUCAAUGCAAUUAGCUCAGUCAUCACAACCCAUUGUUUAAUAGAGAAGACACAUGCAUUUUCUCCUGGCAUGGUUUAUGCAUAAAUUCAUUCUGAACUGAUGAAGUUUAUUGGUAAAUACUCCAAAUUUACUUUCUUGUUCUGCUUUUUAAAGUAUUCAAAAGACUGCAUGAUACAUUCUAAGAAUUUGUAGCCAUAAGGCUACUUUUUUCAAAAUUACUGUCAUAAAAGUAAUGGUUUUUUUUAGAUACCCGACUAAAAUGACAAUUUCUUUUUUUUUCUGCAGGAAUAUAAAAAAUCUCAUAUUUUAUUGCAGUGGAGUAUUUUCAGAGGAAUCUGUUGUAGGAAAUAAUGAUUUGGCUGUCAUGGACAAUAAGAAGGCAAACUCAGAUGCUGUAAACCAGACAUUCUUCCAAUAAACCUGGACUGGUACUUCCAGCUGGUUUUAUGGAGACUGAUAACAUGGAUUUUAUGACUACUCUGUAACGUGAGCUAGGUAUUGGCCAGUGACAAAAGUGAAUAUCCUCAUGGUUUACUACUAUUAUCAGUGAUGUUCCAGCACCAUCUACAGGCCCAGCUAAGACUGAGGCAUGAUAAAGGAAUACCAGUUACACCCACAGAAUAAUUAUUAGCUCCUCUUUGAACUAAUGCAUACAAAUGCUUUAAACUAGUUAUGUAUAACCAAAGUACAGCCUGUAGAGCAUUUCAUCCCAGUGAAAACUCUUCUGUCUACUGUGUAACCUGAACAUUUGUGUGAGUGCCAGAAAAGUGAGUUCUGUUUAUACUUAUCCUUCAGUCCAGUAUGAUUAAUAUGAUCAUUUCAGUGCAUGGAGGAUUUAAGACAUAGUACAAAACCUUAUUUCCCCUUUUAAUGCAAAGUCAUAAUAUGAGAAAAAUCUUCCUUCCCAGAAUUUCUUUUAAAAAAUCAGCUCAGAAGGUAUUUUGGGUUUAAGAAUACUUGUAAGAAGUUCCUGCUUUGAAGUAUCUGUUGCAUACCACAAUUUUGCCCUUUUAUGCCCAUUGUGCUGAAACCUGUCCAAACGAGACAGUGCAAGGGCCUGCCAGUGGCAAAUAUAUGACAAUUUGCUAAAUAUCUCCUAAAUGAAUCCUUCUUGACUGUCAGGACUGAGAGUAAAUCCCUGGGGGUCCAGCAGAAAGGUGAAGGGUUUGUCAGGAAGAGUAUAGUUUAGAUAUUCUCACUCAGGAAAGUAAAAGUGAUUUUAAAUUUUAUUUAAACCUGCUCUUGGCAUCUUCUCAUUAUUUUAGGAAUGAAAUGUGAUGAAGUGGUUUUGAAACAGUUAUGCCAGAGGACCUUAUGCAGAGGACCUAUGCCAGACACCUUUGCAUCUGGAUUUGCAGAUGUCUUUGGCCAAGUUAGAUGAUGAGAGGUAAGUGGAUCACGAUGCUGGUAUUUCUUUGGAAUUUUCUAAAAAUGAGGCAUUUAUUCUGUGUGGAAUUCAUGGCAUAUUUUCCUCAGUAAGAUAUAAUUCUUUACAUAUUUUUCAUUACAAGCCCUGAAUGAAGAUUAUUUCCCCCCUCAUUUAUGGCAGCUUAUCUUUAAAGGUUUAGAAAAGAAACACAGACCUAAAAAUACAGAGGGUAAAACCUGUGCCUGGAUCAGGUGGCUCUCAACAACCCUGGGAGCUCCAGUGGUCAGCACCACCUUGUGUCUCCUUGAAAUACAGUGUAGCUUUUACCAAAUACAGCAGGACAUGGACUGGAAUUCAGAUGUAUACAGUCACAAUUGAAAGUCUCAGCUUAUCUCCAAUCUAUUCUCACAGCACCCAAAAAUCCACUGGUGCCUGUGUUUCUCAGGCUCUCUGUGUAGUGCCUCUGCACAUGCUCACAGCAGCAACUGUGUGGGAAAGGCUGCCAGCUUCUCCCCAUCUCCCCUAAACUCACCUCUGAGUCAGAACAGCCAAACGAGGUGACAUUUUCAUUUCAUCUUCUGGAGAUCUGAGGAGCAUUCAUUGCUCGUGCCUGAUGCAUAAGUGACAUUAAAAUUUAAUGUGGCAGCACCCACAGGGAGACGAAGGCAGCCCUCUGUCCAAGAGAGGAGAGAGCUGGUUCAGUGCCUCUCCCAGCCAAGGGGGUUCUGCUUUUCCUGGUGCUGUGUCCUGACAUCCUGUGGUGAGUCCAUGCACUGAAGAACAUGAGACACACACGGUCCCACUGGUGCAGGAAUGUUCCCAGUCCCUGCAGUGAACGAGCCCCUUGAAUUACUGCCAGUGGCAGAUGAACAGAAACGCUCAGGACUUUCCACGUGCACAUCCCCCUGUGCAGACAAAGCUAGGAGCUCGUGUUCUAGCAAAUAAUGAAGCUCUGUAAAUGUCAUUUUUAGCUGAAUUAAAUUACAGAAGUUCAUGAUUAACCAAGAGAUGAGGCAAGAAAGACUUCAGCAUCCUGCAGCUUUUACAGGACUCCACAUAAGGCAUUAGGAGACACUAAUCCUGCAGAUGUGUUGUUUAUGAACUACUCACAAAUAAACAUCCAUAAUUAAAAUUAUGUUAAUUUUUGUGGUAACUGAUCUAAGUAACUCCUUGUUGUCAGAACUUUUAAUUAUAAAAUAUAAAUUAGCUAAACAUCUCUAAUACAAAUAGCUAUUCUAGUUUAUUCCAAUUCCAAUAAAAAUCUAGCUAAGUACUAAAGUUAAUAAAGAAGAGUGAUGUAGUUCUGUUUCUUGUGCCCAUGAUAAAUUUAGUUAAGAAUCCAGACACGGCUGCAGCAAACAAAUAUUGAAUCUCAUAUUUCCAACCUCUGUCUAAGCUACCUUUUCUUUGUUUGUGUUAAAAUAUAAACUCUCUCCUUGCUUAUUCCAGAUCUUGACCUGAAUUUUUCACACUGCCCUAUGUACAUCUUAUUAACAGUUAAUUAUAGUAAAGAUAAACAAGAUAGCAAAUUGCUGUAGUAUUAUCAUUCUCUCUACUAUGCUCCCAAGUGCAUGGUUAUAUAUGUACUAUAUAACUAUUGUUUAUAGUUAUAGAUUGUGCUUCACAUGGAUACUGUGGGAUCAGGUCAGUUAACACGACAGGGGCUGGAGCUUUGUUCUAGAUCUUCAAAGCUGAAACAGCAAAUUGUGUGGUGAAUUACUUCUAUUACUCAAUUACUUUCACUUUCCACAACCAUGUGGCCCAACACCUGCUAGCUACCUGUCUUCACUUCUGCAUUAAAUAGCUAUUCUGAUUAUGUUUUUAUGGCCCUGAAAUCAAGUAUAGAGAAAUGCAGAUAUGGGAUGAUAACCGAGGAAAAGUGUGACCAGUAGGUAAUUACUCAUUGCUGUGAGAAUAGCUGCACAGUUGGCAGCUGCAUAAAGCUGGAUCCAGUCACAGUCAUUUAGUCAAAGAACCCAAGGAGGAAAUACACAAGGUCAACACAGCAUGUGUACUAAAAUCAGGCUUCACAUGCAACUCAGAACCAAGUAAGAAAGAGGAAAGUGUUGCAAAACAGGUGGAAAUUAGCACUCCUGGGUUCUUGGGUAGCAAAGGCACUGCCAUCAAUAUUGGGAUGCUCUUUCUGGUAGAGACUGUGGGGCACCGGCAGUUUGCCACAAACUCCCCUCUUUGUCCAUCUCCUUGAGAAAAGCUGGUGCCACUGACUCAUAGGACCCCACCAGAAGGGCAUUAAAGAAGGUGAAUGUGACAUGAGACAAGAGAGGGAGAUACCAGGGACUGCAUGCAGAACUAUCUUCCCUUCUUCACUCCCCCCUUUGCUGAUAACGAAUUAAACUAGUAGCUGUUUUCUGAUAGGACACUUUUGUUUGACUAACAAGAAAUUCUUGGCUUCUUGCAGACAGGUUGCUCCCCUUUUGUCCCAUUACAAGCUUUAUUGUACUUCACUUCCAUAAAAACAGAGAGAGAAUUAUGCUGUUGAUAUAUGAUUAAUUAUAUGGCAGCCAUAUUUCUGUAUGUACUUUAAGAAAACAAUUAUACAGCAGAUAACUAGAGACAAGCAACUCCUAGGAUAGCUGUUGCUGUUCACUUCUCUUUGGAGACUAUUUUUAAAUCCAACAUGGACUUAUGUAAAGAAAAAAAAACCUAAAAUUCUUCUUCAAUCUUUCACUUUUUUUUUUUUUUAAUUAUUAUUAUUCGAGUGGGGGGAAAAAAAGGUGCUAUUCCUCUGUAGAAUUAGCAUUUUGAUGAGAUUACCUCAGUCUAGGUGUAAUUUAAAUCAGAAAAGGACAUAUACAAAGAUUUUAUACUACACUAGCAGAUAAAUACUUUAUACAUUUCUUAAAUUAAUUCCAUAUGCUGCUUAAAUAUGUGCAAUUGUUAUUAAUAUACUUCUUCAGUGCUUUAUGCAAAGUGCUUGAUUCUCUUCACAGUUAAUUAAGCCCUCUGCUGUUCAAAUUGCUGUAAUCAUUGUAACAGGCAGUGGAUUUAAGGAUCACAAACCAUGCCUUUUACUCAUAAAAAUCUUAUUUUAAAUUUUGAAAAACUGAAUGUAGAUCUUUUCAACAAUACAUAUCAAGAUAAUUUUAUUUCCUCACUCCUUUCUCUCCAGCACCAGUCCAUGUCACACCUCAGCAGCACAUGUUUAGAUGAGUUUCUAUGUGUAACCACAGAAGCGUUGCCUGGGCUCUCUGGGAAGCCAAAUGGUGCAGGUAAGAGAGAGCACAAGCAACUCUCUGCUCCUUGUGUGGUUUCAAGACAGCUUUUUGCCACCUGUAACUCAAUAACAAACUAGUACAGACAGAAACUGCAACAUGUCUGCUUCUCUUUGCAAGUGUCACUGCGAUGCCCAAGUUCAUCCUCCAAAUACUGUGGCACGUGGGAUUGAAAUUCAACAGAGAUUCAAAAAAGAGGGGUGGAACAGUUAUAGGUUUAUCUCACAGACUCCAGGGCUGUCCCUGGGAGUCCCUAGAGAGCCUGCAGGAGGUGGGGCCAGGACUUUGCACAGCCUGCUCUUCCCAAGGGCCCGUUGAGUCUGUGCUGUGCCAAAGGGCUGCAGGACACAGCAGAGCCCUGCUGGAGCUCCUCUCCAGGAGAUGCUGCCUUCAGUCCAGGUGGGUGAUCUCCUGCUCCUCCCCACUCCCCAGCUCAGCCUUUUAUGGACAUUUCUCCAAUCUGCAUAAAAGCUGGCUUAACUAAGCCAAGGCUAAGUAGUGGAGAAGCUGUGAUCUGUUUGCCACCUGGCAGGUUGGGACUAAAUCAGCCCUAUCUUGUGCUUUCUGGCUGUCUUCAAACACACCUAGCAUUUCCUCAAAAGAUUACGUAGAAAUUUGCUAUUUGUUGUGGGAGUACCUACAACAGCCUGCACUUCAAAACUCAUUACUUCAAGAAUUUGGGAAAAUAUCAAAGCAUUGCUACCAUGUGAAGGGUUGGUUUUCUUAGUUUUAUAUCCUUCCAAAAUCUGUGAUGGGAUAGGGGAGAAUUAGAACAUUGUGAGGUAGAUUUUCACUCAUGAGCUCUCAAAUCUGUCUUUUCCAAUAAAUAAGGAAAAUAUAACAUAAACAGGAGUGUCAAGAAACAGUACCAUAUUUUAUCUUUUUUUCUAAUUCCUUUCCUGCUUUUCUCUACUCUUUUUCAGUCAUCUUAUUUCUUUUCAUUAUUUUAAUAAGGCAUAAUUAUGGGGGGGGAGUUUAGCACAUAUGAAGGAAUUUUAAAAUCUGAAUGUAGUUAAAUGUGUGUGCAUCUGAAUAAUGAGUGUAUCCCAAAGCAACCUAAUAUGCGCUGCAUUUUGCUACACAAUUGGUUUUAGAAAAUAAUUUUCAUAAUUACAAUUGUUUUGGUUUAAUGAUAUGGGUAAUUAUUGUGGGCAAGCAUUUAUUUCUAAAGCAUUGUUCUUUUUUCUGUGAAAAAAAAAAUUAAUAGGAGUAUUUUAUUUUGAAAGCUUCUUGGCAUUUUUAAAAGUCAGAACCAAGAUAAACUAUAACUAUUUUUGAAGACAUAGGUACUCUUUCUCUUUACCAGCAUGAAUUUUCUACUAAUCUUGUAAUAACUCAAUCAAAUUGAAACAAUAAAUAUUCUAGCUUCCUCUUAGGAAAGUCUUCUCUGAAGUUUCUGUUCUUGCCACAGUGGAACUAGAAUUUCAUCUAAUGGAAUUGCAUUGUCAAAAUGAACAGAAGUCAAACACAUUUAACUUCUUCAAGAAAACUGCAGUACAGAAGUAGACUUAGAACAUUGAAAAUUACCUUCUGCUCUUUUCUUUUCACGUGCUGAAAUUCUUAUAUUUCAAAUAACAGUAAAGCAGUAAAUUGGUACAGAAAUGCCUCUCAACUUCUGAUGUCAUAGCGACCACGUUCUUUCUUACAUUACUUUGUUUUUUGGAUCCUGGAUGUUUAAUAUGUUAUGAUGCCAUAGUAUACAGUUUCUAAAGAGCUAAAAACAUAAGAAGGAAGAUUGCUAGAGCUAAGCUAUUACUUGCUGUGUUCUAAAUGUUUUGCAGGUGUGUGGUACAUGUGAGCUGCAUUAAACUACUGACCAGUUUAUCGCAGUUUAUUCCCCACACACAUUUAUUUAUGCCCUUUUUCUCUCAACCUCCAGCAGCUGGACAUUCCUUGCAGGUACUGUGGCCCUUGGAGAGCUCUCACAGGAGCAGAUUUGUUUGAACAGGAGGAGGAAUAGGGAGGGGACUUAAUCCCCAACCCCAUUCUGCUGCUGAAGGGGCAGGAAAAGAAGUUGAGUUGAGCCCAGGAAAAGAUGGGGAGGAGCUAUUGGGUUUUAUUUUUGUUUCUUUUUCUCACUAUCCAAAUGUAUUUUAAAUAGCAAUACAUUUAAAUUCAUCUUGGCCAGCUUUGUUCUGUCCUAGAUGGUAUCCAGUAAGUGAUCUUCCUGUCCUUUACCUUGACCCAUGAACUCUUCCACCCUAUUUUCUCCCCUUGUCCUCCUGAGGAGAGGGGAAGUGGGGUGAGCAUGUGGGUGAGUGUUUCAAUGCUGGCCACAGAUUAUCCACCACACGUUUACCUUUUGAUUAUACAAUAUAUAUUUUAUCUAUAUUAAAUUAUAGUCGAGCAUUAAUUAAUUUCUUACUUUGCAUCUGUAUUCCAUAUUCUAAAAUUAUUAAAUUCAAUCUCUUUUUAUAGGCUGUCUCUUCAUUGCUACAAGUGACAGAGUAUUUUUAAACUUAUCAAAUAGAAAUGAAUGAUGAAUGUCCUGCUGCAUUUUCCUUUGUGUUAAUACACAAUUCCUCUGGAAAAGACUCAAAACUGAAAGUCAAGGACCUGUGAGCUUGACCUCAGAUUCUCCAUGGGAACAGAGGUAGGAUUUCUGAUUAUUUCAGUCCUCCUAAAUCUGCAAUUUCUUUGUGGACCAGCAAGAAACUACUAAAGAAUCUACCAAAAAACCCACAUGGUUGUAUGACUGGGAUAAAUCUACAGUUUCAAAGAUGAUGGUAAGAAGUUUUUAAUUUUGCUGUUUGAUUGUGAGCUAUACAUUGUAUCUGUUAAAUAGUGUUUUGGCACAAAAAAUCUGAAAAACACCCUCAUUUACUAUACUUCUGCUUCUCCCUUUCAAAUACAUGUAGAGACCAGAAAAGCAGUUGAACACAAUUAACUUGCCCUUCUCUCCAGGUGGCAUUCUUGGGUGUUAGCAGUUCAUGGUGUAAGGGAUACAUGUGAUUAUUUUCUUCUCCCUACAAACUAUGAAGCAUCUCCAAGGCUUAGAUAAAUUUUUGUGUUGUUUCAUUGAAGGAAGCCAAAAUUUGAAACUGGCUAUUAUGGAAAUCACAAAGAACUUCAGUAUGUGCACAGAUCCAGUAUUUAUACUUUACCUGUCUGCAGUCUGGGAGGAUGGGAUCCUCCAGCUGAAGCCAUUUAAAAAUAUAUGGAUCUAGAUUAAGACAGUUGUUUCAGGCAUUCUUUACCGAGAUAGUUGCUGGCAGGGGGCACUUCAUCUCAAAGUCUGUCUGCAUUAAUGUUUUAUAGAGCCUAGACAAUCAAUUUCAGCCAUGCAUUAAAUUUCUGAUUUAUCAUAAUAGCCUCCAAUGCUAUGAAUCCAUAAUCAAUCAUAAUAUUUCAUUAACUUUGGAUGAUUCAAUUAUGUGAUAACUUUUUGUAAAGCCUACAGGAAGUUAAAAUGUCUUUAUAUUUUACAUCUAUUUCAAUAUUUAAAUAUAGAUCUGAAUAAUUUUUUUCUAUCUGAUGAAAUUAUUACUUUUAAUAGUGCAUUUAUUUAGUUUCAUUUAUGUAUUACUGUUUCUCUCAUACUGUAUUUCUCUCAGGAAGAAAAGCCUGAAAUUUUAAUGAAGAAGUUUUACUUUUUUUUGUCUUUGAUAAAAAUUUUUGCAGUUCUUUCCAAAAUGAAAUAAUGGGAUUCUUUUAAUAAUAACAAACUGAAAUGAGUCCUGAAGAAUCAGAAUCCUGAAGGCAGGUUUUAUCUUUGUGUCACAGAGGAAAACAAUUAGCUGCUCUUCUGACAAAAUAUCUGCACUUCUUGUGCAUCCUGUCACAGCUACCAACAUGAGCUGUUGUAGUGGAUUCUUCUCUGCCACGGAAUGCACCAAGAGAAGUCUUUUCCUGGUUUUUGCCAUCUUUUUUACAGCAAUAUAUGUGCUUUCCUAUUUUUAUACUUCUCAUCACCUCGCUGCUCUACCUAAAAGUGAUGAUCUUCACAUGGAAAGUGAAAAGAGUUUACUUAGAAAAAUAUUUACAAAUUUCAAACAAAUCUCAGGGAAAGAAAAUGGAGAUGAAAAGGAGAAAUCUGGGAAUAAAGCCACGCCCACUCCGACACAAUCAUUUGCAUUCAUUAUUAAUGAAGAACAGAAGUGUAAAGAUAGAACACCUUUCUUGGUAUUGCUGAUAUCAACAACAGCAAAUGAGCUCCAGCACACAAACGCCAUCCGGAAGAGCUGGGGGAGCGAAGCCACGGUUCCAGGCGCUGACAUCGUCCGGCUGUUCAUGCUUGGCAGCGACACCGAGGGUGCCAACAGGGACGUUCUGCUGAGAGAAAGUGAGCAGUAUCACGACAUCAUCCAGCAGGACUUCCUGGACUCUUACAAAAACUUAACGCUUAAAACUCUGAUGGGCAUGAGCUGGGUGGCCUCCUACUGCAGUGGCGCGAGGUUUGCUAUGAAGACAGACAGUGACGUUUUUGUCAACACGAUGCACCUGAUUGAAAAGCUCCUCAGGCCUCUCCCACCUCCCACACAGAAUUAUUUCACAGGCCAUUUAAUGACAGGGCACAGCCCUAUUCGGCAUAAAGCCAGUAAAUGGUACAUUUCAGAAGAAGAAUUCCCAGAUAACAGAUACCACCCUUUCUGUUCAGACACUGGCUAUGUCUUUUCUGGAGACCUGGCUGCAAAAAUUGUAGAUGCUUCUUUAAUGAUUAAAUAUAUACAUUUGGAAGAUGUUUACGUAGGGUUUUGUCUUAAUGCAAAGGGAGUACAAAUAGCAUCACCUCCUCAUUCACUGUUUAACAUACACAAGGUCCCAUUUUCUCCUUGUGCAUACAAUGAAUUAAUUACAUCUCAUCACAUUGAGCCACAUGAGCACAUAAUCUAUUGGGAAACACUGCAAGAGAAGAAACACACAUGUUAGAAGAGAAACAUCCAUCCUGGAGCAUCCUAGGAACUUUCUUUGACAAUGGGCAAAGCAGUAGAUGUUUUCUUAGUAGGAACAGAACAUCUGUGUAAUGAUAACUUUCAAGGUCCAUGGACAUCCUGAAUCAGGUGCCUGCGUUUUGUAUUAGGGUGAAUCCAAAGCAUUUUUCCUCCAUAAAGAAGCCUUUAUCUGUUGAGUGAAUACCUUAUU